UGAAGGUUGAGAACACUGAUCGGGAUGGCCGCAGCUUCGACAGAUUCGGGGCAGGGCUCCACUAAAAUAACUCCUGAAGUGCUACAGGAGAUGCUCCAGUACUACAACCUGAGCCGCCAGGAGUUUAUCAACACCUACAAUAUCCAGCCGCUCGUCUACAUCCCCGAAUUACCGUACAGCGCCAAGACCACCUUCGUGAUCAUGUAUGUGAUCAUUUUCGUCCUGGCUCUGGCUGGAAAUAGUUUGGUCAUCUACAUAAUUGUGAAGAAACGGACGAUACAAACGGCGACAGAUAUUUUCAUUUGCUCUCUGGCGGUCAGUGACCUGCUCAUCACGUUCUUCUGCAUACCUUUUACUUUGCUGCAGAACAUCUCCUCUGAGUGGUUCGGUGGGGUUCUGGUUUGCAAGACAGUUCCAUUUGUACAGACUACAGCCAUAGUGACAGGCAUCCUCACCAUGACCUGCAUUGCCAUAGAGAGAUACCAGGGCAUUGUCUUCCCACUGAAAAUGAGGAGGCAGUACUCAUCCAGAAGAGCAUACAAGAUGCUAGGGUUUGUGUGGCUUGCCUCAGUGAUAGUGGGAUCACCAAUGCUUUUUGUGCAACAGCUAAAAGUGAAGUACGACUUCUUGUAUGAUCACUACCACGUUUGCUGUCAGGAGAGUUGGAGCUCGGUGACUCACAGGCAGGUGUACACCACCUUCAUCAUGGUGGCUCUUUUCCUGCUGCCUUUGGCAGCCAUGCUGUUCCUCUACACACGCAUUGGCAUUGAACUGUGGAUCCGCAAGAGGGUAGGCGACACCUCAGUCCUCAACACCAUGAACCACAGGGAGAUCAGUAAGAUAUCAAGGAAAAAGAAAAGAGCUGUUAAAAUGAUGAUCACCAUUGUUCUGUUAUUCACCAUUUGCUGGGCACCAUUCCACACAGUGCACAUGCUGUUUGAAUACUAUGACCUGGAGAAGAAAUAUGACGGAGUCACGCUCAACAUGAUCAUUGCCGUUGUUCAGGCCAUCGGGUUCUUCAACAGCUUCAACAAUCCCAUCGUAUAUGCCUUCAUGAACGAGAACUUCAAGAAGAGUUGCGUUUCCACCCUCUCCCACUGCAUCCGAAAGCCUAACCAGGAGAGCGGUGCCGUGGUGGCGCCUAGACUGAGCGUACAGUUCAUCAAACCCCAAAGCAGAGAAGCCUUCCUAGAGCCAGACGGAGGCAACAGCCUGGAGCCGCACUCAGCAGAGAAAGGCCCAUCGACAUCAUCGCAUGGAGAGAGCUCCCUGGAAAUAAUAGGAGAAAAAAACUCCACCAUUCAAACAGAGCUCCCUGCAAACAGCUCCACUCAAGUAAAAUGA